CUAAUCGCCGACUACGACACAGAUCCUUUGGUCCAUCGAGCAGUCGACCAACUCAAUUUCUACCUCUUCCCAGUUCUCAAUCCCGACGGCUAUGAGUAUUCUCGAAGCGGAGUUUCGCCUAUGAUUCGUCUUUGGCGAAAAAACCGCUCGAAUAUGAUCUGCAAAAAGGACCAAUGGUUCCGCGAACGAUGUUGUGGAGGUGUAGAUCUCAACCGAAAUUUUGACUGGUUUUGGGGAGAGAUUGGUUCGAGCUCCGACCGUUGUUCGGAGAUCUACCAAGGAAAGGCACCUUUCAGUGAGGCUGAAUCCAGGGCGGUACGUGAUAUGAUGUUCUCGCCAGAGUUGAGAGGAAAAGUAGACGCAUUUCUUACCCUGCAUACCUACUCUCAGAUGUGGAUUCAUCCUUUCAGUCAUCAGAGAAGGACCGGUACUGAGGACAUUCAAAUGAACCUUGAACAAGUUGGCAGAAGGGCGGUAGCAGCUCUGGAGAAUGUCUAUGGGACGAAAUACCGAUUUGGAACUGGAGCCGAUAUUCUGUACCCUUCGUCUGGAGGAUCAGACGACUGGGCAAAAGGAAAAGGCGGUGCCAAGUAUGUCUACUUGAUGGAAUUGCGUCCAAGUGAAGAAGUAUGGGAUGGAUUCAUCCUUGACUCCCGUCAGUUGAUCCCAACAGGACGUGAGACAUGGGCUGGCAUCAAGGUGGUCAUCGAAGCGGUGCUGAAGCUGAGGCGAGGUAGUCGAGUGGUCGUGACGGCAGAGGCUCGAGCUGCCGCCAUAGAACGGUUUCGUGAGCAGCAGGCGCGUCUGGAGGCGAUGCGACAGCGGAUACGAGCCGACGCUGCUCGCAGCAGACCGCGAGGAGACGUGCGUGCUGCGGGUCGACGUACAAGUUCAACUUCGACUGACCGGCCGAUAGUGUCGAAUGAUACCGGCAGUACACCGGUACGAACCUGCGCGGACCGAUCGCCGUGGUGUUCGGCAUGGUUGAAGCGAAAUGCACGAGUAUGCAUUAUUUCGUCGAUCUUUAUGCGUCGUGAUUGUGCAAGAUCAUUGUCAUUUUGCUAA